AUGAAAUAAUCCUAAGUUAACAAAUUUUUCACAAAUUUAGCAGGAUGCCAAUUAAUUUCUAAUGUGGGAUCUCCAACAACCACUGCCCCCAGUAAACACAAUAAAAACGCAAGCUCCACAAUUUCUAAUGGAAAUAAAUAUUUGGUUUACUCCAAACGUACAUCUCGUCUCCAUUUAGAGUCAACCAAAAGGCUCCCUGUUUUAACUACUGUUAUGAAGACAGAAACCCAGGAUACUCCAAAAACUGCAACCAAUAAAAUGAGGAAGGCAAGUGGAAAUUCAGGAGACUUUCGCAUUAUACAUUAACAUUAAAGAAAUAAAACUGAGACUCUCACCCUUUCUAAUAACAUAAAUAUCUCUAAAUUGGACUCUCCUAAAGAAAACUUUGAAGAAGUAGAGUAACUAUAUGUAUAACAAAAUAUUUAACAUACAGCCACAAUUCCAACAUAAAUAGCCCAUGCUGUUGAGAUUCAGUAAUCAGCUUUGACCUCAAGCAGAAGUGAAAUAAUCACGAAAUAAGCAUAGCCAAAAGUUAAUCCCGUUUAAGUAUUGGGAGAAGCAUAUGAAUUCUCAAAGAUUCCAAAAAUAAGCUAUAAGAUAAAAAGAACCUAGAUUAAAUAGUAAAUUACAGAGAUUGAAUCUUUAAAUGAAAAAAGUUGUCAUCUAAUGAGGAAAUUGAGAUAAUUGUUGCACACUCAUAGAGAGAAAGAGAAAUUAUUGGAGUUGGAAAUUAAAAAGAAGAAGGAAUCUUUAAUUGAUAGAUAAUUUUCAAAAACACUAAGUAAUAUGCCAGAUGAAAAAACCCCCAAAGCCAUUGAAUCUAAAUUCAAUUUCAAAUUAAGUACGAUUACCAAAAAGCAAACCAAAAUUCAUCCUAAUUAUAGUAUUUAGGAUACUGAAUCAAUGCUUCCAAUAAAAACCAUCAUUGAUGCUUUGAAAGAGAAGAAAGAUGAUAAAAAAGAGAAAGUAUAAAUAAUCUAACCAAUUUAAAAAAAAAACAUCAAAGUAACCGUUGCUUUUGAAGAAAAUGAAAAGGAAAUCGAAUUUUAAAUGCCAGAUUAUAUGGGUGAUGUUCAGUAAAGUCAAAUUUAAUCUACAGAAAUAAAGGAGAAUAAACAAUCAAAUAUCUAUUCAUUGGUCAGCAAAUCUAUGUUAUAGAAGUAAAUAUCUUAAAAUAUAUGUAGCAAAUUUGCUUUGAGAUUAGUUAAGAAAUUCGGAGACAAAGUCAUAAAAACUUAAAAGGAUAAUGAUGCAAUUGAAAAUUUCAACUCAUUCAAGGCUUCUUAAUUUACCAGAUAUUAUUUACAGAACCAUGCCUAAAAGUGUUUAGAAAUUAAAUAUGAGCCUCAGUAAGAGAAUGAGGAAAUUUCAACUUGUCAGAAAUAGAGUUUCUUGAAUAAAAAUUAUUAUUCUGAAACUAUGCAAGAGAUCCAAAGCAAAACUAUGUUGUAAAUCCCUUAAUAUCAUGUAACUAUUUGUACAAUUUAAGAAAGAUUAAUAUAAAUCAUAAUGGGAAGUCGAGACUUUAUUUUACACUAUUGGAUAGCAUUUGGAAGGACAUCUAAGUGAUAAUAGUAUUUUAAGUCCAAAUGUUUCUCAAUUAGACAUGAGUGAUAUAGAAAUGCAAACGCAAUUCAAAAUCAAUUACAUAUAUUACAUGUUAAAUUUAAUAUCACCAAAUGAUAUAAAGCAACAGAAAUUGAGAGUUAUUGUUAACACAGUGGAUGAUGAAACCAAAAAUUAACUUCUACAUUAGGAGCUAUUGAGAUUCCCAUAAAUCAAGACUUUGGAAAACAAAAUCAAAAAUGAUCCAGAAAAUAAUUGUAUUUUAUUUAUAAUUAAAUAGAGAGUUAUAAAUUCUUAAUAAUUUAGAGAUAGAAUUAUUAAAAACAGAUUUAACAAUUUUGUCAACCUAGUUUUCCAUUAAAUACAAUCACAUCUUAACAGGGUAAUUUGAAGAUUUUCUACAUCAUCAAGUGACUCAAAUGGAAAAAAUUUAUGUUGAAUAUUGUAAAACUCAAAAUGAUCUAGAUUCAGCAAAAAUCAUUGAUAGAUAAUUUACAAAUUUAAACAUUCCUUAAAAUUCAAGAAGCAGACUUGCUUCUCCAAUAGGAUCUGUAUCAUAUAUUUUUUAUAUCAGAACGAAUCAAAAUUGACUAGAAAAGAGAUCAAUCCAUUAUUAGCCAAAGAAAUGAUGCUAAAAAAGAAUUAGAAAUCAAAGAAUUUAUUGGCUACUCAGAAAUUUGCUUCUUCUCAAAAUAUUAUAUACAAAAGUUCUCGUAAUUUAUAAGCCUUAUUGCAUGCAAACACAAAUUCAAAUCAUAAUAUCUAAUAAUUUUAGAGCUCUCAUUAAGUUCGAACCUAAUAAAAAGAAUCAGAAUAAUAAACCAAAUCCAAAAGUUCUCAAAGACACAUUUCAAUCAAAUCCAAUUUAAUCACUCAACAAUCAAUGGAUCCCUCAUCUUUGCUAUUCAGAAGUAUGCUGUUGCAAGAAAGCCAAUAAAAUGAUAAAUCCAACAUUGAAAGAGCGUUCUCCUUAAUAGAAGAUCAUCGAUUGCAAGAUCUUAAAGACCUACUCAAUCAUGAUUAGAACAUCAAUUUAAAUACUUAAGAUUAAAAUGGGAAUACUUUUUUGAUACAAGCAGCACGGACAGGAGCCUUUGAAAUAAUUCAAUACUUACUUCGCAAAGGCGCAGAGAUUACUAUUAAAAACGUAAGAUAUCUAUUUAAAAAAUAGAAUGAUGGAUUAAAUGCUAUCCAAAUCGCAAUUAUUCAUUUGUAAUUUGAGGCAGCAGACGAAAUUAACAGAUUUAGUAGAUCGAAUUCUUUCAUAUCCCAUUGA